AUGCAGCUCCUAGCAUUCUUCUUCUUUGUCCUCUCAGUGACGGCGCUUCCCAUCAACAAGCGUCUCUACAAACCAAGUUCGCCAGUGUUUUCCGUCAUUGCUCACCACGAGGGUGCUGUUUUCCAAUACCACUUGUUGAAGUGGGACGGAGAAGAUCUCGUACUUAACGCCGACGAGAAGGCCUUUUUCGGCAGGAUCAAGGCCAGUAAUAACUACAUCUUGAACUUGCCUGGAUCCAACAAGUCGGCCAAUGCUACUCAGAUCGAGCCUAAAACGACAAGCGUGAUAGUCGACCCAGACACUUUCCAGUUGUCCACAACCAAAUCCGCCGUGAAUGCCAGCAGCGGGUUCGGCAUUGACCAUCAGAAGUUGACUUACAAGAAUUCUUCUCAGUUCUUGGCUUGUCCUGCCAAUACCUACAGAGGUGAGUACUACGUCCACUGGGGCAACCACAACAAGACCGAAUGCCCUAACCAGGCCCGUGGCUACCAAAUUGAGCUCAUUGUUCAAAGCGACGACGCCAUUAACUACAAUCCCGAGACCAAUAAGUUGGGCAACUCGUCGUUGCCUCUCAUUCCACAAAAGAAGAAGAGAUUCUUGUUCUUCUAA